UCUGGCGAGCUUCUUUCUGGUAGUCCGGCAAGCUCCUACAACCGCAAGUCUCGCGGCGCGGGUGGCGAGGCAGCCCCAUGGCCAGCCGCAACGUUAGCGGCGCAUCGUGGUCCACGGGCCUCUGCGACUGCUGCGACGACGUCGGUGGCUGCUUCCUCACCUGGUGCUUCCCGUGCAUCACCUUUGGGAGGAUCGCCGAGAUCGUCGACGAGGGGGAGAUACCGUGCUGUGCGAGCGGGGCGCUGUACCUGCUGCUGUGCAUGACCACAGGGGUGGGCAUGGGACUCUACUCCUGCUUCUACCGGUACAAGCUGCGGACGGCGUACGGGCUCGCGGAGAAGCCCUGCGCCGACUGCUGCGUCCACUUCUUUUGUGGGGCCUGCGCCCUCUGCCAGGAGUACCGCGAGCUCAAGAGCCGGGGCUUCCAGAUGCGCUUGGGAUGGCAAGCCAAUGCCGAGAGGAUGGGGAAGGGGACGACCGUCGCGCCCCAAGUGGACCCCGGGAUGACUCGUUAAUCACUUAUAUGAUGCCAGUAUGUGUGUCGUCGAUCGGUAGACUCGAUCGAUAUUGUGUGCUUUCUCAUGUAAUAAGUCGUUUCUCUUUCUCCGUACGCCCCCUACCACCACCAUCGCGCGUCGGUCGUAUCUAUGUAUAACUUUCAAAGGAAUGUACGUAUCA